GAGCAAAGCCGUCGAAAGGAGGAGCUUUGCAACCAGUUAAAGGCAGAGGCGAUAGCAUCAGAGGCCCAGCAUCAUCAACAGCUAAGCAGCCUCUAUGCUAAGAUAAACGCACUUGAAACUGACCUGCAUGUUGUCAGCGAGGAAGACUGCGUCAAGGAAUGGCAAAAGCUUAGACGGAAUCUCGAUUUUUGGGUAAAAGGAAAUUUCAGGGACACAGCCCAAUUACGCAAAAUUAACUACAGUACUGUAUUUCAAUCAGAUGCAACCACGGAUGCACAUACAUGGCUUCCCACAGGUAGCUCCCAUCAAAAAUGGGCUAUCAUUCAAGCCUUUAUUGCGAGAAUGGUACACAACAAUAUUCUAUCACAAUACGAGCCUGGGCUACCAGAGUACGAAAAUGUACUAUUCUUCGAACUAGAUCGACGGAUCUUCGAGCAAUGUGUCAUGAAUACUUGGACGCAUUGCAAGUCUGGAAUAAAUAAGGCCUUGGGCGCUAUCACAAUGGGAACUCAAAAGGCCUUGAUGGAAAGUCUUGUUAAGCAGAUCGAAAGUACUUUCGGUAGCUAUGCGUCAACGACAGCAAACACGCGGCAGCAGCAGUUGCAGAGGAUCUUCAGUCAAUGUGCUGACUUUAAACGACUGUGUAAUCAGCAGCCGUAUAAUUUUACAUUUGCGUCGUCACCAUACAAAGAAGCUAUCGACAUGAGUUGUAUGACGGCUAUUGGGGAUACCGACUGUUCUGAAAAGAAAGUCAUGCUUUCUCUCUGGCCAGGCCUUUGGAAAGAGAUGCAACCCAACCAUUUAGGUUGUCUAGAGCCGGAAUUAGUCUGGGCCGCUUCACUCUGA